UCUUGGUUGCCUCACCCGCAUGCCCCCCUUCUCUCCUUCACUCACUAUCUUCCCCUAGCUAACCCCACUCUCUCUAUUUCCUUCCUUUUCACCCACCUAUAAAUCCAACACUAACCCCUCUUCUCUCUCUCACCUGUACUCCUUCACAACACCAAAACUCUCUCUUUCUUUACUACUCACUAGCUAUACACCUCUUCCUUUGAUCAAUACUUGACCCCUCCUUUUAUAUCUCUGUGUUGCAGUCCAAUAUUUGAUAAUAUCAAUGGCUAUGUCUGGAUUUGAAGGUUUUGAGAAGCGGUUGGAGCUUCAUUUCUUUGGCGAUGACCCCGUGAUGGUGGACAACAAUCUGGGUCUUAGGCUUCUUGGUUUUGAGUCAUUGGAACAAGUGCUAAAUGCUGUCCAAUGCACUGUGGUAUCUGCUGUUGCUAACCAAUAUUUUGAUGCCUACGUGUUAUCAGAAUCAAGCCUCUUUGUGUACCCCACCAAGAUCAUCAUCAAGACAUGUGGGACCACCCAGCUUCUCAAAUCUAUCCGUCCAUUGAUACACUAUGCUUGCAAUCUAGGCCUCACUUUAUGCUCUUGUAGGUACACAAGAGGUAGCUUUAUCUUCCCAAAGGCACAACCUUUCCCCCACACCAGCUUCAAAGAAGAAGUUAUCUACCUCGAGGAGACCCUUCCUACCAAUCUUUGCUAUAGAAAAGCCUCUGUCAUGCCUUCCAAAAUGACCACUCAUUCUUGGCAUGUCUUCACGGCUAGUGAUCAAUCUCACGUAAUCCCCAAGGAUAUUUACACCCUAGAGGUGUGUAUGACUGAACUCGACCGUGUUUUGGCUCGUAAAUUCUUUCAACCUCCCGGUGGUACCAAAAGUGGUGACAUAGCAGGCAAAGAAAUGACCAAGAUUACCGGUAUAGGUGAUAUCAAUCCAAGAGCUAUGAUUUGUGAUUUUGCAUUUGACCCUUGUGGAUACUCCAUGAACGGGGUUCACAAUGAUCGCUACUCUACCAUCCAUGUCACCCCAGAAGAUGGCUUUAGCUAUGCAAGUUUUGAGUGUGUGGGCUCCAUCUAUGAUGAUGAUAUCGAACAUCUUGUUGGGUCCUUGAGGAAGGCGGUCCAAGUUUUCCGGCCAGGCACCGUAUCGGUGUCGACCACAUGCUCAAGCCACGAGGUAUGGACACGUGUCGCCCAUGCUCUCGAGCCACUUGGAUUGAAAUGCCGGAGUUGUGCUGCCGAUGAGUUUCCAGCCGCUGGAAGCAUCGUGUUUCAAACGUUCACGGCCCGCCGGAAAUAGCUCCACCAAAACAUCGGUGCUGGUGCAUGGUACGUAGAUAAGACAUAUUGUGGGAAGGGGAGGUUAAAGAUUAAGAGAGUUAGGGUUUAGAGGGAGGGUUUAGCUGAAUUUUUUAGGACGGGUGAUGAUGUGGAGAGAUGUGAUUGGUUAAUUGAGGGAUUGUGGGCUUUUGACCUGUGUAGAAAGAUCAUAGAUAAAAGUGGGGAUGAUCAGAGAAUAUUUAUCUAGAGAUGAGAAGAUGGAUGUGGAGGCAUCAAGAAGAGGGGUGAAAACUUGGGCUCUCUCAUGAUAAUGCACCCCACUUAGGCUUGUCACGCCUAAAGAUUUUUGAGCUUGUGUAGUAGUGGGGGGGUGAAAAGGUGCUCAAUGUUUUUCAGGUUUAUAUGGAACUUUCUCUUUCACUUAA